AUGUUGACGAUCCAGGGCGCUUUUCUUUUCGGGCUCAUAUCCUGUUCAGCUUGGAGAUAUCUCGAGGGCCAUAAGUCCCUGAACUAUCUGCUCUUUCGUAAGAUCACCACAGAGUGCAACAGCAAGUACAUUUCGCUCUAUGAAGUCGGAAUCAGUGAGGACCACUACACGAUCAACUUCACCUUGCACUUUGCCAGAGAUAUAACCGCGGACGUGUGGCUCAGGGCCGCCAUUGGUCAGCGUGUAUCCAAGGACUCCUACAGGGACAUCUUCACCUACGAUGUGAACCUGUGCCAGGUCAUGGGCCGGGGCAAGGGAAUCAGCCUAAUCAAUUACUGGCUGGACAAUAUCCUUAGGCAGUCCAAUAUGCCCCGGAGUUGCCCGCUCAAAGAGGGUAACUACUAUAUGAACAACAUUCGAUCGGAAAGGGAGACCAUUCCGCGAUUUAUCCGCUCCGGAAGCUUCCGGAUAAACUCAAACAUUUACGUGAGGGACUGGCACAACGACAACCUGACGAACACGGUAUUCUACGUUGAAAUCAAAAUGAAGUGA